AUGGCUGAGUCGGCAGCGUCUGAGGACGCGAAGAGGACGCUGAAUCACGCUUUGGUUGCAGGCGGUGAGCCGGUCCACCAAGCCGCCAUGGGUGUCGAUAUGGCCGAAGCCAGUGGCGCCGAAAAUGCCGAUGGAGGAGCUCAAGGUAUACGGCUCGAAGACGAGUACGAAGCGGCCAACGCAAUGCAUUUUUUUCAUGUUAAGUUCCUUUGUGAUGGCCAACCAUUUCCGGCGUUGGACGGCAGAGCAGCCUUCCCGUUAGAGACAUGUCGUUGUAGUCGAAAUACGUUUGUAAAGGAUAUUCUGUCUGAAGUCGUUCAGCCGGCAUGCUAG